CACACUUCGAAGAAAUCUGUGCAACUCUGCCGACACUCCCACCGCAACGAACUGAGAUGACGAAACAUAAGAAGCAAAAAGCUUAUGUCAGACAAAUGGUUGAGGACAUAAUGUGGACUCACACGGUGGCGCGAAUUUGUAUCCUGUACAUGAUUAUUAGCAAAGUUUUGAAGAAAAGGAGUUAAUUGUAGGAUGGGCCGGAAUACGUUUGGAAGGUUAUGCUCAUUAUUUACAGAGUUGGGAAUGUUACGCGUCCGGAGGUUCGUAGGGAUAGAAGAGCAAGUCGCCAUUUUUCUAGGUGUCAUAGCACAUCACAAGAAAAAUCGUAUGGUUCGAUCAUUGGCGAUCAGGGAACACAGUUUCAUUCUACGUUCAUGAGGUCCUUGCAUCAGUAUUAAAGUUGCAUUCCUUGUUCUUGGUCAAACCCGAGCCUAUUUGCGAAGAUUGUGUAGAUUGGCAAUGAAAAUGUUUUCAGGGGUGUCUUGGUGCUCUUGAUGGCACCUACAUUGACGUUUUAGUACCAAACGCGGAAAAACCACGGUUUAGGAAUAGGAAGGGUCAGAUAACAACCAACACUUUGGCCGCUUGCGACAGGCACAUGCGUUUCACAUACAUAUUACCCGUUUGCGACAGGAAUCUCCUAAAAUCAUGCAGGAAUCUCCUUUAAACAAGGCUGCAAUGGCAGAUAUGCCCCUCACGAGUCUGAUUUGUCUAGUCAUUCACGGGCAUACAAUUGCUUGGGAUGGUGAUGAAAGAACUCAUAUUUAAGUUGUGCUUCAAUUCAAGCUUGGACCCAGCAACUUUGGCUUCUUUCAUUCCUUCACUUCAAAUGGGAACAAAAAUCCCUCAACAAGGCUUUUUCUUUUACAAAUCAAGCUGAACAACUGAGGUGGAUUCACUGAUGUUGUCCUUGAUAAUCAAAACUAAAGAAAUGAACAAGUGGAUCGGUUCCGUGAUCCCCAUACCCAUCCUCGAAGAAGUGGCGGAGGUGCUCACUAAAGAAGUGGGGGUACCAUUCACUUGGCCACAGUUGUACGAGAGAUUUCAGUUCCUUGAAGAGAGACACAUACUUUUCGACAAGGUAGUCAAAACCAACGGUGUGUAUUGGAAUGCUAACACCAACGUGGUCAUGGCACCGGAGCAAGUAUGGAAACCCAUUUUGAAGGAAAAUAUAUUGGCUGCAGCUUAUUACUAUUUUUGGGACCCCGAAUUUCCAAGAUUGAGGUUGCUGUUCGGACCACAAGAUAUUAAGCAGGAGAGUGCGCCACUGAUAUUCAAUAUUUCUGACACUACCAUGCCCGUAGAGGAUCUCAAUAGGAUGUAUAAGCCAUCAGAUGGAGUUGGAAUGGCGCCGACUGCGGAGCUUAGCGUGUCCGUCUCUUCUCCUCCCAUGCCCAAAGUGCCAAAGAUGAAACGCAAUUUGUUUGGAGACGGGUUCACGAAUGUGGGUAGUCAGUCCAACAACGAGGAUAUGGUAACGCGUAUGGGGAAAAAAUACCCCCCAAAGCCGAAUAAAUUGCCUCCAAGCAAUUUAGGUUCGCCACAUGGAAGUUCAUGUGGCUCAUCGAACACCCACAAGUAUUGAUGGCUAUAAUCGACCAUGUUCGUUCCAACUUGUUUUGUUGUAGUUUUCUAAUUCACGUUUUAUGUUGUGUUUGUCUUCGUUCUACUCUAUUAAGCUAGGUUGUGUA